AUGUGGCUGAGGAGGGAGGACGAAGGGCGAACCUAUCAGCUACGACUCCCCCGCCACUCCCCCCAUGGUGGCCCACGUGGCAGAUUGCCGGCCUGUGGGCUGAUAAAGGCUCGGCAUGCCGGAGCCCUGAGCGGCGGCAUGCCGGUGUACCACCAGGCCCACCCAUCCAGCAGGAGCCCGUCCUGCCCCCUGCACCUCGACCCGUUCGACGAGGGAGCCCGCUCCCCUCUGGAGGAGGAGGAGAUGGAGAACGAGCAGUUUGGGCCUCUCCACGGCUACAUGUACAACAACGCCAGAUCACGACUGAGGAGGAUUUGGUCGAGUCAGCUGGCAGGAGGAGUCUCUGCUCUGAUGCCUCCGUCACCUUUCCGCGAUUGCUCCGGCACCCCGGUGAGCCCCUUCCCCAACUCGCCGGUGUCCGAGUCGAUUUUGUGCACGCCCCGAAUGCGACGUUACGCCUCGGUCAUCCUCAGAGACUACAAGCAAAGCUCCUCCACUCUGUGAGGGCCGCACUCUACAUGCUCCCACUUGUGCUAUGUAUAGUUCCAGGUUUUUAAAGACUGUGUAAGAUUGAGAGGAAAAGUCAUCCUGUGGUCAUUUUUCACUUAGUAGCUUUGACAUGAUAAGGUUGAGCAUCAAGGCGCCACAUUUUAAACUCCUUUUAGAUGUUGUUAUACAGUAGUGAAGCGACUUCUUAAUUACAAAUAUACUGUAUAUUUCUAUAAGCUUUUAGGCUAAAACUAGAUUUUGUUCUAUG